UAACAGCUGCGGUACCACGUGACAGUCGGAAGUAAAUCGUCACACGACGAAAACAUUAUCGUAAUCACGCAGUUUCUCGUUCGACAUAGUUACGGUGAUGACGUCAGGCACGUAAUCAGAGAAUGAAACCGGAAGUUGAAUGUCGUCUGCUUCGUCUUCUUUUCAAAACGAAGUUUAAUUUCUCGAAAUGAAAGGCUGGUUGCAGAUUUUAAUAGCCGUAGGUUCGGCCUUCUUGGCAUUUAUUAUUAUUAUUUUAAUAUUCGUCGCCUUGAGGAUACGCAAUAAAAGGAAGAGAAAGAAGGAGAUCGAUAAUAUAAAGAAUUCUCAUAGGAUAAUGCUAAAAAGAUGCGAAAAUCUUCUCUCUACUAACAUCUCCAGGCAGAGCGUGCCUAACGAUAAAAUACCAAUUAUCAAAACUUCACCACCGAGACCCAAUUUCCCCCAUUUAGAAGUGCUGAAAAAUAACGACCAAUGGGAUAGUUCUCUUUCGGAAACCGACGGCGAAGGUGAUACACCUCCAAAAAAUAAGCUAGACGUCGAUUGGUCCGAGAGUGAAAAUCUUAGAUCGGAAUCACCUAGUCGAACACGAGAAACUCCAACCAUCGAGUUCAGUUUGGUUUACGUCGCCAGCAAUAAUACACUAACUGUACACAUCAUCCGAGUCAUCAAUCUGCCCCUGAGAUACCGCAAAAAUUGUUCUUCCUUCGUCAAAGUCUCCCUCCUGGCCAGAAAGAAAUCGUCGCAGCAAACUCAAGUCUUUAAGAAAUCCCUCAAUCCCGAAUACGUUCAGAAUUUCACGUUUCCGGGGUACAGUUUGGACGAAAUCAGAAGAUUUACCCUGAGAUUAUCCGUGUACGUUAAGCAUUAUCGACUCCUUAAAGACAAACUCGUCGGGGAGAUUUGGUUCCCGCUAGCUAGAUCCACUCUACAACCCGACUGUCCGGCAAUAUUAUCCGAAAACCUGUCUAGCAGAUCGUUAAAACAGAAACGAAUGAGUAUGUGCAGCCCAGACUUAGGACAACUUUUCGUUAUACUCCAAUAUCAAGUCGCUGCAAACAGGUUAAAGGUAUUAGUAAGAAAAGCAGAAAAUUUACCAAAAGCUACCGGAGUUUCCAUUGGUCAACCAGAAUUCUACGUAAUUGUGAGUAUAUUACGAGGUAUAGAGGCCAUUACCUAUAAAGAGACUAGACCCGCUUCAGGAGUAAAUCCAGUUUGGAACCAGCCCUUCCUCUUUGAUCUACCUUCCAAGGAAACUGAGGAGUAUUGGUUGCAGUUUCUUAUCAUGAGAGGGCGCAUGUACUCCCGAGACGGGGUCGUAGGUCACGUUUUAGUGGGACCGGGCACUACACCUACCGGUGAGGCUCACUGGAACGAAGCCAUGGAGCCUAAGGCCCUAGAUACAGCUAAAUGGCAUAAUAUAUGCACGGUAGAUGACUUUUGACUCGCCUAGAGGUUUUUAUUAUUGUCACACGUGUUUUGUGUUAAGGGAAAUAAAUCAUUUUAAGAACCUGUCAUUGCUAUGAUUCAUUUUAAGUUUUAUGUAUUUAUAAAAGGCAUAAAUAUAUCUCAUCCUGGGAAAUAAAUCGAUAGCUUUGUUAUGCUGUAAUUAAUCUUAUCUGUGUGAGAGAAUAAAUGACCCUCUUACAACAAUUUCUUGUAU